AUGGACCGCGACCAGUUCAGAGCCGCUGCGCAAGCAACGGUAGAUGACAUCAUCAACUACUUUGAUAGUGUCCCCGACCGGCGCGUCUGCCCCACGGUCGACCCAGGCUACCUCCGUCCCCUAAUCCCCGAGCAACCCCCCGCAGAACCAGAAGAAUGGUCGCAAAUCCAGGCCGACGUCGACACCAAGAUCAAACCCGGUCUGACGCACUGGCAACAUCCGAACUUCAUGGCCUUUUAUCCCGCGACGGUUACCUACCCGAGUAUCCUGGGUGAGAUGUACUCAGCUGCGUUCAACGCCCCCGCAUUCAACUGGCUAUGCUCCCCGGCCUGCACGGAACUGGAAACAAUUGUCCUGGACUGGGUAGCGCAGGCUUUGAACCUUCCUAAAUGCUUUAUGAGCUCUUCAGAGAACCGUGGUGGUGGUGUGCUCCAGGUUAGUGCCAGUGAUACUAUCGCCACCGUUAUGGUGGCUGCUCGGGAACGGCGCGUACGCGAGCUGGCAUUAGCCGAGGGAUUGAAGGAGGGAACUCUUGAGUAUGAGGACAGGGUGAUGGACCUCCGACCCAGACUGGUUGCGAUGGGAAGCAACCAAGCGCACAGUAGCACUGCAAAGGGCGCAUUGAUUGCAGGCACUCGGUAUCGGAGUGCCGCCGCCAAGUUGGAGAAUAACAUGGAGCUUACCGGAGACGAUGUACGGGCUGUUCUUGAGCAAUGCGACAAGGACAACUUGACCCCAUACUAUAUCACUCUAAGCAUGGGAACGACGAGCACGUGUGCUGUUGAUCGCAUCUCUGAGAUCACUGCCGUGCUCCAGGAGAAGCCUUCUUGGCAGCGGAUCUGGGUGCACAUCGAUGCGGCAUAUGCCGGUUCAGCCUUGGUCGCGGAUGAGUUUCAGUAUCUCUCCAAGGAGCUUGCCGAAGGCGUUGACAGUUUCAAUUUCAACAUGCAUAAGUGGUUGCUGGUCAACUUUGAUGCAAGCUGUCUCUUCAUCCGCAACCGAUUCGAUCUCACUGAUGCUCUGGACAUCACCCCCGCGUACCUGCGCAACCCGUACUCCGAAUCCGGCCAGGUGAUCGACUACCGCAACUGGAGCAUUUCUCUCGGUCGUCGAUUCCGCGCAUUGAAGAUCUGGUUCGUCAUGCGUAGCUACGGUGUCAAUGGACUCAAGGCACACAUCCGGAAAACUAUCCGAGUAGGCGAGGAUUUCACAAGUCUGGUGCGCUGCCGGUCCGAUCUUUUUGAACUCAUCACCAAACCCGCAUUCGGCUUGACCGUUUUCCGCAUCAAGGACCCCAGAGCCCAGGCCAAUGGGUCCGCAGUCAAUGGAACUAUUGUCGCAAAGCCUAAUGAAAAACACGAUGCCCUUACGAAGGAAGUAUACGAGCUUAUCAACUCACGUGGCGAGAUCUUCAUCACCUCCACCGUUGUUUCGGGUAUCUAUGCGAUCCGCGUCAUCUGCGCCAACGAGGCGGCAGAUGAGAAACACAUCCUCGUAACAGGCGCCACAGGCUUCAUCGGCGCCCAUGUAGUCGACAACCUGCUAGCACGCGGCCUAACCGUCCGCGCAGCAACACGCUCCAAACAAAAAGGCGAGCAAAUGAAAGCCGCCAGGCCGCAACAUGCCUCCCGACUCGAAUUCGUCGAGAUACAAGACUUCUCGCAGAUCGGAGUCUUCGACGAUGUCAUGGAGGGUAUAGACGGGGUCAUCCACGUCGCGAGUCCAUUCACAUACGAUACUAAAAACAACGAACAAGAACUCAUCAUCCCGGCCAUAAACGGCGUGAAAUCUAUCCUCUCCGCCUCGGCGAAACAACCCAGGGUGAAACGCGUUGUCCUUACAUCCUCGUUUGCGUCCGUGGUUGAUAUCUCCAGAAAAUAUGAGGGCGAUUUCACCUACACCGGUUCCCAUUGGAAUCCCUUAACCUACGAAGAAGCCAUCGACCCCGCUACGGACGCGGUAGUAGCGUACCGGGGAUCGAAGAAAUUCGCCGAACUGGAAGCCUGGAAGUUCAUCGAGCAGGAGAAGCCCUUAUUCGAUCUCGUUACGCUUUGUCCGCCCAUGACCUUCGGUCCUGUCGUGCACCCUGUAAGCGGUGUGGCGGGGUUAAACGAGUCGAAUGCGGUGCUGUGGAGUGUUGCUUCCGGGGCGGAACCGUUGCCUGUUGCCAGGGUUUCGGCGUGGAUUGAUGUGAGGGAUUUGGCGGAGGCGCAUGUGCAGGCUUUGUUGAGGAAUGAGGUUGGUGGGAAGCGGUUUGUUCCUGCUUCUGGGGAGCCGUUUUCGUAUGAGUUGGCGGCGGAUAUUAUUAAGGGGAGGUUUGCCUGGGCCAGGGAGACCGUUACGGGGAAUUAUGAGAGUGGGAAGAAGCCUGUUCAGGCGUAUAAGUUGGAUGGGGAGGCUGUGACGAGGGAGUUAGGUGUGGAGUUUAGGAGCUUUGAGGAGACGGUUGUUGAUUUGGUGGGCCAGGUUAAGAAGACAUUUGCUUGA